GUUUGAUUCCCGGGGCCGGGAAUCUCUUGCUGCAAGGCAACAGCUCUACCAACUGCACCACUGUGCAGCCCUGUAGUGAAAUGUUUUCAUGGAAAUUCUUUGAAAAAGUGUGUCAGCUGAAAGUCUCUGCUUGGUGUCCGUCCUGCUGCUGACCUUGUCGCUCGGCGCCGAGCUGCCCUGACCCGCACCGGCCUGAACUUGGAGGAGGAUUAAAGGGCGGCAGCAGUAACAGGCAGCUCAACAGCUCAAAUCCAGGAUCAUCUGAAGGGAGCCAGGGUGUGAAAGGUGAAUCAAACACUAAUCCUCCUUAGCAUGGCAGUUGAACUGCUUUUUGCUUUCCUUUUUAUCGACCUACUUUCUUUCUAAUUGCUUUCUGAAGUUUGACUAUUCCCUUCAAGAAAGGCGGCACAGAAUCGGUUUUCUCUUGUCGGGAAAAACCCCUCCAGUGGUCGGUCUCCACACAUCUCCUGGCCCAGCUGAACAUCUGCAAUGCAAGCCCAACAUCUGGGUCGUCGGUCGUUUAUUGAGCUCUUUCUUACUGGAUGCACAAUUUCAUGGAAAAGUGAACGCGACGCGGGCUCCUCGCUGCAUCUAAUAGCCUCUGAGUGAGACAUUACUGCUAAAUAAAAGGGGAAUGUGUGAGCGCAUGAGCAGCCAUCGUGCUGCGUUAUGUCGAGUAUAAAUCUGCGGCUGCUUGCUGAGCUCAUUUUACAGCCCGGCAAGCGCUUCAUUUGUUUACCCUGAAUGCAUUAUGGUCGCAAAACACACAGCGACUCCUUUUAUUGAAAACAAACCAAUUCAAACCCAUUAGAUUGGGCUUAGAGCAUUAAAGAAAUAUUAAAUAAAACUUAGUAAAGUGUGAGGAUGCGUAUGCUGCUUGGAGUGCUUUGGGGAUUUAUUUGGCAGGACAGAGGUGUUCGUGUUGGCACGAAUGGAAAGUGCUCAGCCGCAACCUUUACGCCCUCUGCGCCGUUUUUCUUCCAACAGAAUGCAGAAAUAUGUUAAAUAUGCAGCAGUGUGACCUUUGCCCAUAGAUCAGGGUUUAUUUUUAGGAAAAGUGCCUCCCCUGCUCGCUCCACCCUGCUUUUCUCAUUAUCUGUAUCAGGGCUGGCAUGUGCAGAGAUAAUGGCUGAACAUCUGGCUUGCACUCACCAGUGGGGUGUGGACGCGUGGCGUGUUUUUGGAGCUUCUCGGCCAAAAAGGAGAAAAAAAAAUGAAUCCCAACUCUAUGGAGAUGCGAAUGCAUCCUUUGGGAAGAAUUCGGGUUUGGGUAAUGGUGACAAACAUCCAUGAAAGUCAGCGCACCCUUGGGAACCAGUUGUGCACACGCAAUCUAUUAGCAUUAUACCCUUGAGCAGAGCAGAGUUAUAGGUCUGUUUUUGCAGCAUGAAAUUAGAUUUCUGGUGCUAAACCCCUAUAGCUGGUUUAAAUCACUGCCUGAAGUGAAGAUGGCAGAAUGCAAAAAUGAUUGAGCAUCUCUGGAGUGCCGUGCAUCCUGACUAAAACCGAGUUGUUUUACUACUAAUAGCAGAUGGUUAUUUUGGUUAAAAAUCCACUCGUGUGCGAUUCAUAUUCCAGAGUCUCUCAGGUUACUACAACAAAAGAUCUGUGAGCAUAUGUGAUUGCCAGAAAUGUUCUUUUGUCUGCCUUCACAGAGGAACGAACUUUAGUGACGUCUCAUUAUUAAUCCAUGGAGUUUACUAAUGAUUUUUGGCCCCAGUUUGCUGCUAUGACAGAUUCAACUGUUUUAGAAAAGCUUUUCACGAAGUAUAGGAGUACGUUUCUGAAAGUUUGAGGAAUCCAUUUGUGAGAUCAGACAUUGAUGUUGGACGAGAGGAUCACAAUCUCAACUCUACUUCCUCCAAAUGGUGUUUUAUCAGGCUGAAGUCAGGGCUUUGUGAAAGACAGGCAACACCAAACUAUAUCAUUUAUGUUUUUAUGGACUUUGCUUUGGGUGCUGGUGUGCACAGGAAGAGAACAAUGGCAUUCUUCUUAAUAUUCUAUAAAUGCCAGAUUUGUAGAUUGCACUACUUGCUGCUUUCAACAGAUUCUCCCAUCUGAACUGCUGAACUUUGCCGCUCCUUCAAGGUUUCUAUGAGUCUGCUUCUCUUGUCUGUCUGCUCUUCUUGCUCCACCUGUCAGUUUAAGUUGUUAAACUUGGUAGGAUUACAGUUGUUUUCAUUUAAGAUUAAACAGUGCUCUGUGAGGUGUUUUACAUUUCUGAGCAUCUCCUGUUCUUGAUCCCUGACACGUCCUCUGUGUUUUUCUGUCUUCAGGAUGUUGUUUGUUCGCUAAUGUUCUCAAGCAAACCUCCUCCACCUCCACUUCGCAGCUCUAUUUAUACUGAGAUUAAAUGACACGUGUGUUGCCUCUAUAGACUAAUUAGAUGCCUUGUGAAAGCAUUUUGGUGAAUGAUGUGCAUGAGAGUAAAAGAGGAGGUGAAUAUCUAUUUUUUUUAUUUUAAAAAUUGUGCAUAUUCUUUCGUUUUUUCGCAAAUAUGCAUUCUUUGUGUUGAUAUGUGAAAAAAAAAAUUAAGAAUUGUUUGUUACUUACUGCGGACUAAAAGGUAAAACGUGUGUAUGCAUGAGAUAUACUUUUAGAAAUCGUAGUCCAUCAUGUGCGCGUUCCCGCCCUCCUGCUUUUCAUAGCAGGGUGACGUUUUUCACCAGCACACCGGAAGCGCCGCUGCCACCAGUAGCGCUCGCGGUGUCUCCCUGCAGCGUCUCCCAGCGCCGCGGAUCAGAGCCGAGCGCGGUCACACCUGGUGGGACCGGAGCGAGCAGUUUGGCGAAACAUCUCCGACAGCUCCACAGUUAAUCACUUGAGGAAUGUGGUUUUAUUAGGAAGGUUCUCCAGACCUGGAAGUUUGCGCUAAGUUCAACUUUACUUUCACUCACUUUCGAAGCAGUAAAGGGAUCAUGGCUACUGGCGGGUUUAAGUCAAACGCACCCGCUGACUUUUUGGAGGAGUGGAAGGCAAAAAGGGAGAAAAUGAGGGCUAAAAUGCUGGGGGACAUUGCAAAAGCCACUGGUGUCCCCCUGAACCCCGCCAGCAGCACCAGCACCAGCAACAGCCGCCUCGGCUCUCCGCCGGGCACCGAGCUCUGUACCAACUCGGACCGAAGCGCCUCCGCGGGGAACUGCCGCACCUCCUCCUCCUCUCCGGUGGCUCGGUCCCCCUCCGGUGGCACGCUGAACAGACCCGAGGAAGAGGCGCACCACCCGGCCGCACCCGCACCCGCAGCCACCACACCCACCGCCCAGGGGAGCAACCUGAAGAAGGCCCCGCCUCAGAUGGAGAAGACUCGGUGCGCUUCGCCGGACUCCAGCUCUGUGAUGGCGUGCAAUAAUGACAGUGACAAGGACAGUCCGUCACCAUCACCCAGCAAGGGGAAGGAGAAGAAAAACUCUGGUCCCAGUGCAAGGAAGGGCAAAGGACAGAUUGAGAAGAGGAAGUUAAGGGAAAAGAGGAGAUCUACAGGUGUUGUCAGCAUACCGUCCAAUGAGAGCCUGGAUGAGCUGGACGACGACGACGCCGGAGAAAAAGACAGACGUGAUGAAGAGGAGCUGGUUCAGGCCAACACUUUCCAGAAUGAGUCUAUGACAGCUGACCCGGCCACCGGCUACCUGCUGGAAACCCCUAAAGCUGCUUCUGGACGUUUUAAGAGCUCUGCAAGGCAGGGGAUGGAAGAGGAGGCUGGUGGGAACAUCAGACAGCGAGAAAACCGUCACAGCCGAGAGGGCGGAGGUGCAAAUCUGGAGAAGAGGGUGGAUGAGCUGGAGAAGGAGCUCUCCAGGCUGGUGAAGGUCGUUCAGGACAAAGACGAAGUCAUUGAAAAACUGAAGGAGGAAAUCGAAUUGCUAAACCUGGACCUGGAUGAGUUUGAAGAUGAGAAUGAGCAGCUCAAACAGGAGAACAAGACUCUGCUGAAGGUGGUGGGACAGCUGACGAGGUAGAGCUGCUCUGAUUGGUCCAGCGACUCGAUCCGUCUUCCUGACGUCCUGCUGGAGGUCAGAUCCUACGACGUGGCCUUGCAUCCGUUUCAUUUGGUGUAGAUUAUUUUAGUUUAUCAUCCGUCUUGUUGAAUGCUGGUCAUUUGCCCCAUUUUGCAUUUUAUCCCUCCAGUUUUCAACCACCAACCCAAUUGGAUGUCACUGACUUUUUCCAUUUCAUAGCUGAAAAAAGGGAUGUUAUGAUUGUCAUUUUCUAUAAUCUGUCCUUCAGGAUAGUAUCUCCAGUAUCUAGGAGGUUGCUUCUACUAUGUAAUAUUUUAGAGAUCUAGAUCUUCAUUUGUGAAUUUGAAUCAAAAUAAAAGGAGUUAAUAUGUAAUCUGGGUUUUCAGGAUAAUAACUUAAAUUGAAUACAAUUUUUAUGGUUCAUUGAUCAUUUAUCUUCAGUUUAUGAAAACAAUAAGUAUAAACCAAUGCCCAGUGGCUUUAGGACAUGGGUUUAAAAUUUACAGAGCGUUGGGUGAAGUGGCACAUAUUGGUAUGAAAUGACAAAAAGGGGCAAAUUGACCUAAAACCUUUUAAGAGUUAAAAACAAAAACACAUGUAUACCAAUUGUUGUGAAAUCUAGGCUGAGUGGUGGAGGUUGUCUAUCAUCUUAUACAUAUUUAAUGUAAAUGUAUUGUACAUAACCUGUUUAGAUUGUUCAUCGUCAAGAUUUCUGUCAAUAUCUUAAAAGAAAUAAACUUUGAAUGUACGUACUGGAAUAACUAAGCACAAGAAAACCUGUUUAGUUACGGAAAAUCUUUCACACAAUCUUUAAAAAAAAAAGGAAUCUACAGCAUUUAGACCAAAUUAAACAUUUACUGCGACAGCAUCACCAGCCAAAGUGGGCGCAGUGCCUUGAAGUGCAUGAAACUUUAAUCUUUCAAACUUGUUGAAACCUGGUGCUUUCUUGAAUAAAUGGCAUUGGUACAUUUCAAUCCAGCAGGAGCCUCUUUAAAUUUUUACAUUUGUAAAUAUGUCCAACUGAAAUGAAGACGCUGAGCUUUACGCAUUUUAUUGGCAUCUUGACUCAUAUUCUUGUUGGUGUCAAAAAGCUUUAGGGGCAUUUACAUGUUACUACAGAGAACCACUUCCUGCGGUGAAUUGCUGGAGCAAACUGAAUCUGCUUUGUUUAGUUAAGGGGCAGUCUUGGCCUUGCAAAAACAUUCCCACAUUCUGUUGCAUCACAAGCAGCAACAGCAGCGUCUUUCAUUGGGAUUUUAUGAGACGGAGCAGCACAAAGUCUUGAAAAUGUCAAAAGUCCGGAGUGCAUUUGUAUUUGCCCGUCACCCUCAUCUAAAUAUGAAAGUCAACAUUUGUACAAGAAUAACUACAUAUGCACAGAUUAAAUUACACAACAUUUCUGGUUAAGACAGUUUGGUUCCACUAGAUUUUAUUUAGAGUUCUCAGAGAAAACGGGGGCUGAAUGCAAAUGCAUGCCGCACUUUUCAACUUUUGUCGCAUAAUUUUCUCUCUACUUCACAAUUAAGUGGCCUCUUUGUGGCCAUAGCUUGAAAAAAAAAAUGAAAAUAGCUAUGGAUACUUUUGCAAGGUGCUGUAUAUUGAGAUCAUUUUACUCCGGGGAGCUCCUUGCUGCAGCAGGUAAUCUUAAAGCGGCGAUGCGUUCCCACGUUUUGGGGUGAAAGACCAGCCCCUUACGGACCAACAUCGCCGAUCUAUUUCUCUUUCCAUUACUUAACGCAUGUACAGAAGAUUAAGUCAUUUAAUAAAAGUUUGAUUAUCUCUCUCA